CGCGAAGAACAACUAGGAACAAUUUACGACGACAGAAGAUCCGACGAGGAUCUCCUUUAGCUUCACUUGAUCUUGAUCAGCGAUGGAUCCGAUCUUCUACCUGAUGCUCUGCGAUGUUGGAUAUUCCGACUUCUUGUUCCCUGCAUACAUCGAUGUUGAACUGUCCCUGCCACUAGUCGAUUCCAUUUGGAUACUCAUUGCACCUCUAUCCACCACCAGGCUCUACAACUUUUGUUGAACUUGUUUAGAUCAAGAUUUGGAAAAAGAGGACUUAUCACUAGGCAAUCACUUUUUCUCCUGAAACGUUUACGUAGAAAACACGCAAAACCGAAAGCCGCUUUGAGUAUUUCAUCAUAAAUUUUCCUGGUUGGACUCUUCAAAAGCGGAACAAAAAAGACAAAAAAUGGGUCGUCUCGGGCGGGCCUUGUCAACAAAAAAGAAGUUGUUGCGACCACACGAGCGGGCAAGCGCGAACAAAAACAGAAAUGUCAGUGUGAAAACGCAUGAGGAAAGGAAAAAGGAGAAACGGGACCUGCAAGCGAUUAAGGAUCUCGAGAAAUCAUUGCUGGAGAGCGGGAAAGCAAAGAGGGUAUUUACUUUAUUUUAAUUUUUCUUUCACUCAAACUGGAAUACAAAGGAAUAAGUACGAACGCUGAGGUUCUGGGAAUGAGAUAUAGGCCAUGCAUAAUGUUGAUGAAAAAACAAAGUAGAAGCUGACUCCGUGUUCAACCACGAACCAAAACCGAAAGAGCAGUCCCAAUCUGAUUGCUCAUGAAAAACAAAUACUAAUACAAAACUAUUUUUAAUUCUAUCCCCAGGUCGCCGCCGCAAAGAAGCGUGCCGCGAAGAAGGCACGGAAGGCAGAAAACGAAAUCAAGAGCGGCCACUACCAGAUCAUCAAAGAUACGGAAAAGAUUCGAAGAUGGCACAAAAAGGCGAAAAGAGACCUAGUGAAGAUGUCGCAAGAGCAAAUGAACUUCAUUUCACAGAGGGCGGGGCAUUAGUUGCCUCUUGAAGAUGCUGGGACAAAAUUUCAUCUUCAAUACCGACCACUUCUGGUGAGGAAGCUGCAUAAGUACGCGCACAAAAAAUCCUAAAUAACGAAGAUCGACGACUAUGAAUUCACUCGUCGUCGUCGUGUUCCCAUCGGUUAAUCAAAGGAGCGCCGACACCCAACAAAUAUGCAGUGGCUG